AUGACUUCGCCGCCUCGAUCGGUGUCGCAGGCGCUGUUAUCGCCCGUGCGACACGUCCUCGCGAGCUUGCGAACGAACUCGUUCGAAGGCGAACGAUUCGUCGGCGACGAAGGGGGCGAGGACAAGCGUGAGGAGAUAUUCGCACGCUUAGAAGCACACGUGGAGAACGGGCUGAAGAAGAACACGCUGAGCGACGGUGAUAUCUUUGAGUUGAUUCGCUUGACGACGGCGUUCGGGUUAGAGGAAGUAGGGACGUCGAACGCGGGCGCCGCGUUGGAAGCGGCGCGGUACGUGCUCACGGGGUCGAGCGCGACGGCGACGACGGGAGAUUCAGAGGUGUUUCACGCGUCAACGCCCAUGAGUGCGAAUGGAACGCUCACCGCGCAGCCGUUGUCACCGCCUCCGACCGCGACGACGCUCUUGGCGAGAACGGCGUCUGGGGGCGCUCAGACGGCGCCAAACACGCCGCAGCCCGAUGACGGAGGUAGAAUGGAGUCUGCGACAACUGCAACUAGUACGAUGAGAGACGCUGCUCGCGCGACGAAGUCUUCGUCACUUCGUUCGAAGAGCAAGUCGGCGCUUUCGUCCAUCGCCGGCGCGACUGACGAAUCGAAAAAGCCAAAGCCGCGCCGGAGAACCGAUGGAGAAACGGUCGAAGAUCGUUUGCUCCGCGAGUGGAUUCUUAGACAAGCGCGCGAGUCGGCGCGAAUGGAAGAGAUACGUCAAGCCGAACUCGCCGCAACCCGAAAAGCAAAUUUGACGGGUCGACAGAUUAUGGAAAGCGUCGAGUCGCUGCGCGCGCGCGGCGAGGCUAGCCGCAAGCAGCAAGAAGAAGCACGAAAGGCGGCGGAGGCGAGCGCACGUCGACUCGCGAUGCGGAGUGUGUCGGCGCACAUCGGUAAGAAGACUCGGGAACUCACAGCGAAGAUGCCCGACUUUUCUUCGCGCCAACAGAGAUUUGCGUCAAAGGCGGCGGAACGCGCGGAGCAACGACGUCGGGAAGCCGAAGAAGAAAAACGAGCCAAAGAAAUGGUUGAUGUUUCUGGAGAGCGCGUGCCCAUGACGAACCGAGCGGCGCAGACGCAUAGAACGCUUGAAGACCUUCAGGCGUGGAACGAUCGCAGAGAAGAGAAAAUCCGUAGCGCCAAGGCGAAGAAGGAGCAGGAAGAAUUGCACGGGGCGACUUUCGCGCCGGUGUUGGAUCAAAGGUCGCUACGCAUGGCGCUGAAGAAGCGCAUGGCGCUGAAAAAGUCACGCGAGGACUUCGCGACGUCAAUAAAUCAUGAGCGUGACGCCGAUGACGCCCGCCACCCAUUUACGCCGCGUCUCGUUUCUCGACAACGUGAGACUCCGAGAGAUGUCGUGCUCGAGCGACUGUAUAGCGCGUCAAAAUCGACGCAAAAGAAGUCGGCCACGCCGGAUAGAACUCCGCGCGAACACUGGGGUGGCUACGGCGUCGACGACGAUCACCCAGACGCUGACGCGGGGGCGUCGGGGUUCAUCUCGCUCGCCGAGCUCGACAGAGAGUAA